UUGUUCCUGACCAACUUUAAAUGAUGGAUACCGAGUCAAGCAACUUUCAGACAGAUUUAAUUAAUUUGAUUACUAUCCAUUCAAAUUAUUAAAUUAGAUGGAAAACAAUUGGAAUUGUUUCAAAUCAACAUCUUUUGACUAAAGUAAUCUCCCGUUCAUGCAUUAUUAUUAAUAUAUCUCAAUUCCAUGGAUGUGUGUGUAUAUAUACAUGCAUACAUACAUACACACACAUAUUAGGAUUGGCUGUGAUUACAGAGCGUGUGGAGGAAUCUCUACCCAAAGCCCCCAAAUCACUGGUACCGCCUCCGUUUUGAGGGCUGUACUCAUGAUACCUUUAUAAAAGUCAUGCAGGAGGUUUUUGUAUAUCCUCGGUGCACGAAAGGCUUGAACAGGUUAGAAAUCCAUCCGUGGUGCAUAUCUUUGGGAAAGCCAUGUCUGUCCUUUCUCUCCUAUUCCUGUUGCUGUCUGUGUGCACCGCGUCCUUCACUCCCGCGAGGUCCGGGCGGAGUAGAAGAGGUCUGCUGGAACUUGAUGGAAUCGUUAAGUGUGGUACUGGGAGAUCUUCUCUGGCCUACAUCAUGUACGGCUGCUACUGUGGCCUGGGGGGGCAGGGCUGGCCCAGGGACAAAGCAGACUGGUGCUGCCACAGACACGACUGCUGUUACGAGAAGGCAGAGAGGGCCGGAUGCCAGGCCCAGGCACAGAAGUCCCCCUGGGCUUGCGAGACCAUCUUCUGCGAAUCGCUGAAGGACAAGUGUGAGAAGAUGCUGUGCAGGUGUGACAGGGACGUAGCUAAAUGCUUGAGAAAAGCACCCUUCAUUCCCGACUAUGCCGUGUGGCCCGACUUCCUCUGUGGAUUUGAGUACCCAACGUGCAAUUAUUACUGAACCAAUGAACGCAUUUCAUGUUGCAGUAUCGCUGCCUCGCUUGAUACUUAUUAAAAGCGAUAUUUGGAGAUAAACACACACAGAAACCACAAGAUGGGGUGUGAAAAGCAGCAACUUUGUCAUCUUUGUUUUCAAUCUAUUGCAAACGCCCAGUGGAGAUUCCAGUUCUUCCAGAAUUUUUGGUCACAAACUGGUUUUGACCAAAUAAAUGAUGCAGAACAUUCUAUAUCAAGUACCAUCUUUCAAACAGGGUGUCAUA